GUCGAACAUGCGAAAAAGAGUGAAUUUUCUUUGUUGUGUGGUGAAGGUAGUCAAAACGUUUGUUUUUACCAGGGUUCACCACUUUAGGACACGCACAAGCGGGAAUCUCAGUCUUUUAAAUGUCAACGGUUAUUCUGACGGCUGGUCUGUCGGACUCUGAAGACGGUGCUUUUUGGAGCUCUCUCCAAGUGCCCUGCGCACUCUGUGAAGUUUCUUUCCUCAACCCCCCUCUGCAUCACCACCCUCCUCUUGGUGCAGUACAUCUCCAGUGAGGAUACACACGGUACAGAGGGUCCUUGAGUGCUCGAGCCAGAUAUCAUGAAGUGGAACCUCUUCAAAAAGAAGCCAGAAGCCAUGGUGGGCCCGGAGCCCACGGGACUCGGCGGCACCCACCCGUCACACACCAUGACGAUGGCCCCCGCCAUCUCCACACCUGCGGACAACUCCACCGAAUCUGAGGGACCCGUCAACAAGAAUGAUGUCUUUGAGGAAAUCAAAAGCAAGUUCCUCAAUGAGAUCGAUAAAAUCCCAUUGCCUCCGUGGGCGCUCAUCGCCAUCGCUGUUGUGGCCGCCCUCCUCAUCCUCACCUGCUGCUUCUGUAUCAUUAAGAAAUGCUGCUGUAAGAAGAAGAAGAACAAGAAAGGCAAAAAGGGAAAGGACGGCUUCAACAUGAAGAACAUGCAGGGUGGAGAUAAACACCAGGAUGAUGAUGAUGAAGAAGGAGAAACUGGUUUGACGGAGGAGGAGAAAGAGGAAGAGGAAAAAGAAGUGGAGAAACUUGGAAAGCUUCAGUAUUCUUUGGAUUACGACUUCCAGGAUAACAAGCUGACAGUGGGAAUCUUGCAAUGUGCCGAUCUGAUUUCCAUGGACUCUGGCGGAACAUCCGACCCUUAUGUUAAAGUGUUCAUCCUACCAGACAAAAAGAAGAAGUUUGACACUAAGGUGCACAAAAAGACCCUCAACCCAGUGUUCAAUGAGUCCUUUGUCUUUAAGAUCCCAUACGAGGAGCUGGGUGGGAAGACGCUGGUCAUGUCUGUGUAUGACUAUGACCGCUUCUCCAAGCACGACAUCAUCGGUGAGGUCAAACUACCCAUGAACACUGUGGAUCUGGGUCAGCCGAUCGAGGAGUGGAAAGACCUGGAUAGUGUUGAGAAAGAGGAGCCGGAGAAGCUUGGUGACAUCUGCAUCUCUCUGCGUUACGUUCCUACUGCGGGUAAACUGACCGUUUGCAUCCUCGAAGCCAAGAACCUGAAGAAGAUGGACGUGGGCGGCCUGUCUGACCCGUAUGUGAAGAUCCAGCUAUUGCAGAACGGCAAGCGUCUAAAGAAGAAGAAGACUACGGUGAAGAAGAACACACUGAACCCGUACUACAAUGAGUCCUUCAGCUUUGAGAUCCCUCUGGAGCAGAUGCAGAAAAUCCUUGUGGCAGUGACGGUCUUCGACUACGAUAAGAUCGGCAAAAACGAUGCCAUUGGGAAGAUCUUCAUUGGCAGCAAAGCCACAGGCACAGCGAUCAAGCACUGGUCUGACAUGUUGGCCAACCCGCGCCGCCCCAUCGCCCAGUGGCAUCCCCUCCAACCGGAGGAAGACAUCGACGGUGCUCUGGCUGCCCUUAAUGCCAAGAAGUAACUUCUCACAUCUCAGCCUGAUUAACCAACUAACUAACCAACCCGCCACUGCACGACACCCCACACUCAUCUGUAUGCGCUCUGCCAGUUUGUUUCGCAUAAUCACCAACAAAAAUAUUCUAAAGAAUAUACUUGAAAAGAUGAACAAUAUCACGUUCGCCACAUAGCAUAAACCAAGGCAAAUAACAUUGUACACCUAAAUAGCGAAAGCAAAACGACCGUAGGAGAAGUAGCCAGCAAGAGUGAUAUUUUACACACCGUUUUCUACUUUGCAGCCCAAUUUGCCAGCCAACUACACAAUACGCAAAUACAAAAAUAGUACAAACCAACAAUGAAAGUGCACAAAAAAAUGAGUAAACAAACCUGAAGAGACCAUUUUUGCAACUAUUUGCCUACAACUAGUUAACUGGAUUAAAUAUUACAAAAGGCUUUUAUUUCAUUCCAUGAACAGGAAGGAAUUUGUUUCAGGAUGUUGUUUGUCGGAUAUAUUGGUGAGCUGGAAUUUUGUUCCUAAUCAUAAGUGCAAAUAAUGGUAAGUUUAUGUUGCAAAUAUCUACACAUUUGCACAAUUACAAAGCAAUGAUCACGUUCACUUAAACAUCCCAGGAGAAGAAAGUGGUGUAGGGCAGAUUUGUUUACAUUGUCGAUGGGUAAAUUAGGCCUUUGGGCCAUAAGACACGUCAAAACAUUGCAUUUGCAUAUAUGUGCCCAAAAGAAAGAGGAUUCAGGUCUAUGGUUUUGUAAUAGUGCAGUUAGAUAGGACUAUAUUAAUAAAUAGGCUAGUAAUUCAUGAAAUGUUGCAUUAAACAUUCAACACGAGUCAAGCAUGGUUUACAGUCAGUGUAAAGAUAUAGACACUCACAAACGGUCUCUUUUACUGUAAUGCUACGAUUACAGUGCCAAAUCCAGACGUUCGUGUAUCUCACAUAUAAAAGCUCCCAUCUGGCCAAACCUGACAGGCACUAAAGCUGGCUGUGAAUGUAUCGUGGGAUCGUACAAAUGAAAUUUGCACUCAGUCGGUAUGUCUUUGAGAGCUCGCUGUCGUGUUUUCAUGAUCUCGGCCUGUUUCACAUACAUUUGAAUACCUGGUUGACGUCACUGCCACCUUUGUUCGGAGCUCAAACUCACCCGAGUUCAUUCAGUAAACUCCACUCUCCGAGAUGCCAAAGUAUUAACUGGAACAGAAUAGUAAGUGACGGUUAACUGGGUGUUUGGUAAACUAAUCUAAAUAAAGCAAUCCGAAGCAUUCAGAUCCACUCGAAUCCAGCUCCAUCCCCAAUGAUGCUUGUGUAUAUAUGCAUUGAUCAUGGUUUCUACAGCAUGUACCUAUAAAUUGAUGUACAUAGAAGCAUGUUUUAAAGAUAGAGCAUAAUUAUAUUGUGUACGUGUGGCAUUUGUCAUUUUGAUAAUAAAAUGUAGAGGAAAGAAAAUGCACUGAAUGCACAUUUUAUGAAAGUUCCCUGAAAGGGCGUUAGAUAUUUAAAAAAUAUAUUAAUAUAGAGUUUUUCAAAAUACUUUUAAAUUUGCAACAGAAUUAGGAGCUGUGUGUAACGUGAGUGUUAGACUCGUGCUUGUGGUGUCAGUUUCAUUUCAUUUGCAUUUAUUUACCUUUUUUGUCCAGUCAACAUGUAUUUGUCUUGUAAGUUUCUGUGUAUAUUUUGUCCUGUUGAUGUGAAAAUAAGAAAUAAAAAUGUUCAGGUUGUGAAUUUACAGGAAUGUCUUGUUAGGGUGAAUUUCACAAAAAACAUGUCUGGGUUACAUUUCACCACAAAACCAGAAGACACAAAUAAAGUGUAUUUUGUAUUAAGAAAUGUUUAGGACCAUUUUAUUUUAUUAUUAUU